AUGGCUGGGUGGUUUAGUUUCUCUAUAAGAGGCUUCCUGAAGUUCGUUUCCAAACUGAUUAUGGUUUUGGUUAUGUCUACAAAACUGUCGCUCAUUAUUAUGAGCGGCAUAAAAUUAAAUCCACCUUCCAAACCUUUCGAUCUUUCUGAUUCUAAGAUAAGAGCAUGGGCUGAGAGUAAAAAGAAUUUACCCGGAAAGUUUACUGGAUCCACUGGCGUGAAUGUAUUGAAGGCCGACCAGCUUGGUCCGGAUGAUCCGCGCUUCAGUGUUUGGGCAAAAAAGAAAUCAUUUGGGUCUAUACGGCAAAGUUAA